AGGGGGCGGAGGAAUCAAAGUGGGAUUCAAUUAAAAAGGGUAGUUUAGGUGCUCCAUAAAAUAAAAAUAAAAAAGAAAUUUGUGAAAUCGAGAAAAGAAAUCAAAAUUCCAGCCCCAGAGCCGCACGGCCCCAGUCGAGCCGUCCGCCGCCCUCAGCCGUCGGCCCCCCCGCUCGCGCGGCCGCACGCCGCAGCCGGCCGGCUCCGGACUUCUCGCGUGCAGCUUGCUCCGCUCUCCUCUGUCCCUCUGUCUCCGGCCGCCGCCGAUUGUCCUCCCAGGAUCCGACAGCCGUCGCCCGUCCCCCACUUCUCCUCGGGUCCGCCGCUCUAAACCCUACCGUUGUGAAGGACGGCGACAAGGAAGAAAGUUAUGUGUCUGUGCCGCUGUUCAAGAAAGGCUUAAGGGUCAUGAAAAUGGUGACAACAGAGCAUCAGAUUACCAAGCGCAAGCGAACAGGCAACGACACACCACACUUGAUUGUAAACAAAAAUGCUUGUCAAAAGGAAGCCCUGAUGCCUAGAUCGAUUGAUUUGGUAUCUGAAGCAUUGAUUUGGUAUCCGAAGCUGAAUAUGAUCAUGUGAGUAAAUAUGGUGAUAGUUCCUCGAGUGAACUCACAAGCUUAACUGUUUCAAUUCUCCGUGAAUGUGUUGUCUCUGUUGCUUCAUUCACAGAAGGUACCAUGUUCUUCGGAUGUACAGGCUUAUUCAUCCCAACAGAAUCAGGUACUGAUGCUACAAGUGUUCUGACUUCAGCUAGCUUGGUUAGGUCUUUUGAUGAUGAAAACAAGAUCAUUGAUAACUUGAAGAUUAAAGUGCGCCUUCCAGAUGAUCUAGUUGUCAUUGGGUGGUUGCACCAUUAUGAUUUGAAGUAUGAUCUUGCUGUUGUCAACAUUGAGCGUCUCCAUGGUUUUUGCGCACCAAAAAUUAGUUCCAGGCAUCAGGUGCAAUUUGAUGAGUCCACUAAGGUAGUAGCUGUGCAGCGGUGUUUCGACUCCGGCUUGUUAACAACCACAUGUGGGAUAGAGAUUGGCAGACUAAAUGAUGAAUUCUGUGAACUUGAUAUGGUGGGUUGUGGCUUUGAUUGGAGGUCCCUUUUUGGUUUUGGUGGGAGCUUUGCUGGAAUAAUCUGUCGUGGAGGCGCAAGGGCUGUAUUUGUACCCCGGGACAAAAUUAUUGAAUGCUUGGAGCAUUUUGGAUUUAGGACUGACAAUAAUCAAGGGGGCUGUGGUACAAAAACACCAAUCACAAUUGCGAUACACAAAUUUCCAAGACGCAGUGAUUAUCCCAUCCCAAAGAAACUUAUUGUAACUGGUGAACUUUCUGUGAUGCGCGUGUACAAUUCGUUUGAAGAUAAAUUUGAGGGUGAUAUCUGGAGUACACUCAGUAAAGAACUUAGUUCAACUUUGUCUGAAUGUGUUGUCGCGCUUGCAUCAUUUAAUGAAGGUUCAAGGCAUUUUGCUUGCACGGGCGUAUUUAUAGACUGUUACCCUGGAAGAAUUCUGACUUCAGCAAGCCUUGUUAGAAGUACUGAUGAUAAAAGCAAGAUUUAUGAUAACUUGAGGAUUGAAGUGUGCCUUCAAAAUAAAAGCCGUGUGACAGCAGUGUUGAAACAUUAUGAUUUACGCUAUAAUGUUGCAAUUGUCGACAUCAUCUGUUUCCGCAGUCCUCGUGCCUUAGAACUUGAGAAAGAUAUUUAUUUUGCCCCUAAUACCGUUGACAUCAUCUGUUUCCGCAGUCCUCGUGCCUUAGAACUUGAGAAAGAUAUUCAUUUUGCCCCUAAUACCGAUGUAGUGGCUGUAGGAUUUUGCUUCAAAAAUUGCAAGUUAAUGGCCACAAAGGGGGAGUUGGUUGACAAACCAAGCAAACUGGACUGCAAAGAGCUUGGGACCUCCACAUGUAAAAUCACCAAGGCUGGGAUUGGAGGGCCUCUUAUUGAUAUAUGUGGGAAUUUUGUUGGCAUGAAUUUUAUUGAUGACAAAGAAACUCUGUACCUUCCAAGGGAAAAAAUUCAGGAACUAUUGAGGCACUUUGAUGCAAAUGGGCAUAAUUCUGCUGAGAGUAUCGACAAAGGUGACCUGUACAGAUGGCCUGUGCCCGAGCCAUAUUGGUAUUAUCGUCCACAUAUUCUUCAACAUAGAAAUAAUGUGUUCUAAAUUAUUGGUGUGGAAUUGUUGCCCCGUUUAUCUGUAUUUAGCCUACUGGUUUUACUUGUGCCUCUUCAUCAAAUAAGUAUUGAACCUGAGUAUUGUCAUCAACAUCUUCUAAGUGAGGUGUUUUCCUUUCAGUAUUUAGCUUACUGGUUUUACUUGUGUCCCUUUAUUUAGAAAGUAUUGAACCACUUGAUGCAUGCUAUGUGAAUUAUACUGCCCUGGGCAGUAAAUUUGUGCCCGUGCCUUGUGGAA